AUGAAUUUUGAGCUUUCUCCUACUGAGGAACACUACCUCAAACGUGAGCUCAUAAAGCAAGAGCUCCAGAGAGAAAUUGAUGCCCUGAAUGACGCACAUGCUCUUCGAAAGUUUGGUUAUCCCUUUGCGACAGGCGAUCCACGGGUAGGUCGCUCCCGCAGGAAGAUGAUACCGAACUUGAAAUCAUCGAAAAUGAAGAAAGACAAUUCGUUGGACUCCGCAGAUGCUCAAGAUACCGACUUCCCGCUGCUGAGCCAUUUCUUACAACACUUUGUCAUGACAGUGCCCCUCUUCUCACAAAAUAUGGUUGAGAAAGAAGAUUUCUGGCAACAGAAAGUCCAGGUGUUUUUUGAACAUUUUAUGCAAAUGAAGUUCAGCUCUAGUUUCGAUCGCGAAGAACUCACCAAACGCCGCAGAAUGGGUAUGAAGCUGUCAAAGAUUAUUUUGCUAGUGUAUAACUCGGGAAUUGCGAGCGCACAGGAACCCCAAUAUUUUGCACAGGACAAGUUCAAGCUGGAAGCUAAUAAUAUUGAAAACUACAAGAGCAAUAAGCUCGAUGAAUUUGUGAUGCCUACUAAAGAUAGCCUGAAGUUACUCUUGACGGAAGAGCCUUAUUUCAUCAACGGCUGGGACUUCAACGUAAUGGCUGCCUUUGACUAUUCCAAGUUGCAGACUGAAACAGAGGUCACGGCGAAGUCGCCUACCUCACCGUCCUCAGUCACUGGUGGGUGGAUGAAAUCAGCACUGACAUUUUCCCCAGUCUCUUUCAGCUAUCCCGCAAAGCUUUUCUCAAAAAUGACUCUCUCCGACAGUUCCCACGGGAAAAGCUACCAAUUCGUCACUAGGGUCCGUUCGAAAGAAUCAGGCGAGUCCUGGUUUGUUACUAAAACAUAUUCGGACUUCAAAAAUCUAGCUUCAGAUCUCGGAAAGGAAUUUCCUGGAAAAGAGCUACCUAAACUACCGCAUCGUAGUAAAGUUGGGGUAUCUACAACUACAGUAGUCUCUAAUUCUGCCAAAGAUGGAAGCGAAGCGGGCCCUACCACCCCCAAGGAGAGAAUAGCCUCCAGUUUUGAAACUGAUUCCCCAGUUCCAAAUGAUUCGGCGUCGGUUUCGGAUAGCGUUCAAAGCUCUCAUGAAGAGGAGGACUUCGAGGAUGCCCAUGACACCAUUACGCAGCAUUUGCCUAGAGAAAGAAUGAGAACCUCUCUCAGGAAGUUUUUGCGAACGCUGGUGGAAGACUCCGAAGUAUCAAAAAGCAUUUCGAUGUCUAAAUUCGUGAACACUGCUAAGGUUAUGAAAGACGAUCUUCCACCUGCGGUUGUUCAAGAUAUGAAACGUAGGGAAGCGGUAGACGUUGAAAAUUUACACAAUCAGGUUUUGUUCCAAAAACUUGCUUUCGAGCAUACCUUAGAACUUCAAAAAGCUAUGAAAGAGUUCAAAGCAUCAUUAUUAAAGGAUGAAAAUUACCUGGUCAACCUUUUCGCAGAAAUCAAGGAAAAAACUUGCGUCAGUAAUUUAUCUCCCACUCUUCAAAGUUUCAUGGCGUGGUGCCGAGUCAACAUGUCUGCAACGAUAUACACGACAUUUCUUGGAGGUGAUGGUGGACAUGAACUUUUCACUCAAAUCAAGAGACUACACAGGCUCAUGCCGUACACAGUCAUGGUCCAGAUUUUGAAAAUAACAAAUCCUAUGGCUAUCAUGAAGGGUAUGAUGGACUUGUUUAUGGCACGACCUUUCGGCGGCAAUUCAUUAUUACAGAAUAUGUUUUCAUCAGUUCUGAGCGAUGAUCUGAAAUCUCAAUUUAAACUCGCCAGGGAGUUAGAAGCUGCCAUUACCGGAGAGAGUAGAUUUGGCUCCGAAGUCGUAAAAGUCCUUGCCAUGGCAAUAUUUGAAAAUGAAGAUAGUCAAUUUGUGGAUAUGGAUAGUGUUCACGGUGAUGCUACUAGCAUGUCCAUGCCUAUCCCUGUUGUUCUCCUGAUGAAAUGCUCUGAUAUGGGACAUCUUUCUCAAGAUGCUCUGGGUGAGCUUAUCGAGUCGUACUCCUUAUGGAAAGGUCGCAAGAAUGCCGAGGAACUGGAGUUGUCGAGAAUAGAUUCUUCUACUUCAAUUGCAGAUGUUCCCGGUCUCUAUUUUUCACACGUUAAGGGUCUCCUCCAAAUCUACAUUCGUGAACGUGAUAAGAAGUUGAUGAAGCAAGUGUGGCAGGAUCCUGAGCUAUCGCAGCUUCUAAAGUCCAUGGUGACCAUACUCUAUGAGCCCCUGGUUCGCAUAUUUCGGGUUUCCAGAAUGGAUGUGGCAUUUCGCAGCUUUGAAAGGUUUAUGGACGACCUUGUUAAAUUGCUAGACGAGGUUUUCAACGGACAAAGUGCCUCCGCGACCACAUUCAAUAUUGUUGACGCAAUAAGUAAAGUGGUUGAGAAACACGAGGAUGCAUUAUUCCAGUUUAUUCACGACAUCUGCAUAAACGACUCAGAGAAUACAUUCGAAGGAAUGAUUAAAUAUUUAACCUCAAUUGUGAAGUUCCUGCAAAAAAGCAAGUACGAUAAAACGAAUAGAGUGGAUUUGACGAUCCUCGCGAAAGAAGCCGCGCAACGCGGAAUUGAUGUCAAAUCGAUUUCAGAUCAGGUAAAAGAGCUGGUUGCUAACAAGACCGCGUGUCGGCAAAUAUAUCAGAAGAUUGUAGAGACUCGGGUAUCCAAGACCGCUACUAAAAAGUUGAACGUCAAGGAAACGAUGGAACAAAAGUGGCAACAAUCGAACAAGGCUGCUCUGCCGGACGCAGUGACAGACAUUGGGUUUGAAGAUGGGGAGCUUGUUGACCUUGAUCUCGAUGUUGGUGACUUCUCGUUCUUGCUAGACAGCCAAGAAGAGACGCUGCAACGUGAAUAUCAAGAUAUGCUGGAGAAAAUAGUCGAUGUCAGCGAGAUAUCGAAAAUGGCCGAUUCAACAUUCAAGGAUUACUUGAGGGAAAAUUUAACAACAUAG